ACACAUCAUCGUCACCAUUAUCAUGAAGCACAAUUCAACAGACACACUACAGCUCAGACAAUCAACACAAAGCAUCAUGCAGAUGUGCAAAUAGAUGGUAAUGACCACUGAAUGGCCACAGAGGGGAUAAAAUAUUUUGCAUGUACAUCAUGUAUUAGGGCUGUUGGAACGACUUUCAUUUUUCGAAUAUAAUUCGACUAUUAAAAAAACAAUAGAAUUCGAACGCAGGAAUUACUAGUCGAAUGUUUUUUUUAUUUUAUUUUUUUUUCAAGACAACGUAAUGACGAAUUUUGUCGUUCUUCUAUUCAUUUUUGUUACAUGAGUCUGAGUCUGACUGAAUCCAAAUCUCACGUUGAUUUAUCGCGUUACUUCAAUGCUUGAACGUUAUCAUAGCGUUGCCUAGGAGCUACAGUAUCAGAAUUUAAUUAAUGGCGAGCGAGGAGAAUUCACGGGCGGAUAUUACCACUCCUGAACAUCACAGAAGCUUGGUAUGGAAAUACUUUGGAUUUCCGUCAGAAAAUGGAAAAAUAACAAACAGAGAAACCGUAAUAUGCAGGCUGUGCGAGGCUCGAAUGAAGUAUCAUACCACGACGAGUAACAUGCGGACACACCUGUUGACGCUACACCCUGGCAAGCUAGCCGAGCUAACUUCGGACACUGAUGAACCUCAGCCCAAGCAGGCACGAAUCACCUCUUUCAUGCCUGCCUCACGGGGCUUAUCAGCCGAACGUCAAAGGAAGAUAACCGAUAAACUGACACGAUUUAUCUGCAAAGAUAUGAGGCCGAUAAACAUCUCGCAGGGGUCUGGGUUUAAAGAUUUCGUCCAGGAGUUAGAACCCAGGUACGCAGUUCCUUCCCGUGCAACCAUCAGUGACAGAGUUGUUAAACUUUAUGAUGCAACAAAAGACAACAUCAAAAAAAUGCUAAGCGGAGAAAACAUUUCCCUGACAACAGAUGGAUGGACCUCGAUAGCCACCGAGGCAUAUGUGACAGUCACCGCACAUUUCAUAAACGAGGACUGGGAACUGAAGGACAUCAUUCUUAAAACAGCCGAAGUCCAGAAAACCCACACAGCUGAACACGUCGCAGAGUGCAUCGCCAAUAUACUCGGAGAAUACAACGUGAGGCCCCAGUCGGUGCUGUCCAUUACCACAGACAAUGCGGCUAAUUAUAUUAACGCUGUCGAGAGGCACCUGCAAGUAGCCAAUGUACCAUGCAUGGCCCACACUAUUAACUUGGCUGUGAGGAAAGGGCUAACAGUGCGAGCUAUCGAAAGCCCUAUCAACAGACUGAAGGCCACAGCACUGCAUUUCAACAAGUCAACCACGGACAGCUACCUGUUGGAAUCUAAACAGAGGCUGCUCGGAGUGAAACCUGCUAAGCUGAUCAAUGAUUGUGCCACCCGUUGGAACAGCACUUACGACAUGGUGUGUCGGGCAGCGGAUCAGCAAGCUCCGGUGGCAGCUGUCAUCAUGGAGAAAAAACUCGGUCAUCUUGAGUUGAACACCAACGAGUGGAGCCUCAUGGAGCAGGUGAGCUCAUUGCUACAGCCUUUUAAAGUGGCCACGGAGGCAUUAUCAACUGACCGAUUUCCAACCGCAUCAGCCGUUCUCCCCCUUAAGUACGUGCUUAUGUCACAUCUUCAGCCAUCUACCGGUGAUCCUCAAGCACUCAAUGACAUGAAAACUAAGAUCUCCGCCGACCUCGAGAAGCGCUACAGUCAUACCAAAGAUGCGUUCAUGCUUCUCAAUUCUGCUAGUUACCUCGACCCCCGGUUCCAUCGACUGAUUCAUCUGACCGGAGAACAACAGCAGGAGGUGCGCGAUAAAGUACAUAGAGAGAUGAGGUUGAUUGCGGAGGAUGAAGAGCACGCGGAGAAUGAAGAGGGAGCAGGGGAUGGAACCCCUCUGGGUGCUAUGGGGUCCCUUUUGGGGAAUGUUUAUCGCCAGUUUGCUGGUCCAGGUGGUACUUUGGACAGUGGACUUGUGCUACAGCAAGAGAUGCGCAUGUACGAUGCUGAGACACCAAUACCUAGCGACAGCAACCCAUUGUCGUGGUGGAAGACGUCAGGAACCAAGUACCCUCACCUCGCCCGGCUGGCACGGCGCUACUUGAGCAUCCCGGGCACCUCAGUUAGAGCAGAAAGGGUUUUUUCCACUGCUGGCAUGAUAGUAAAUAAAAAACGCUCUGCACUAGACCCAGCAAACGUGGAUCGCCUGGUGUUUUUGGCUAACAACCUUUAGAAAUAGGCCUAAUAAAAAGAUGUGGCGUGUUAGAAAUGUAGGAAUGCCUGACUGUUAUCGGCCCACUGCCGCCAUAAGCACUUUCACUUUUGUAUGUAACGUGCGCAAUUUGAGUUAUUUUUGAAUUUGCAAAGUUGGUUAUUUUUGUAUGCACUUGAGUGCGCAAUUUGAGUUGUAGUUAUGUACGAUUUUAGUUAUGUUUAUGAGGCACUUUCAGUUUUGCCUGUGGGCAAUUUCAGUUAUUUUCGUAGGCUAUGUGACGCACUUUGAGUAAUGAGUUGAAUUUAAUAGUUGAUAUAUUACUUCUGUGUAAACAUAAAGGUGAACCACAUAACCUAUCCAUUCUUUUGACACCAGAGCAUUUUGGUAUUAAAAAAAAACAAAAAAAAAAAAAAAAAACAGAAGCAUUUUUUUAAAGGACCAGGUUUCUCCAGCAGCCUGGCUCAGUGUUGUACUCAGAGUUGAAUUAAAAUUCAGAAUUGAACUUUUCCUUUUCUGCCUGAUCUUUAUUAUUUACUUACAACAAACAUCUCUUGACUUCUGGUAUAGAAUGUUUACUGAUUACAUCGGAACGCCCUCUACUGGCCAAAAGUAUAAUAACCCCAUGCCCUACAAGGUAACCUAUAGUAAUGCAUAAAUAGGCUAUAUUUUAACAUAAAAAAUUCGAAUAUUAUUCGAAUUAAAAAAAUAAUAAUUAAUGAAAUUCGAAUGGGAUUAAAGAGGAAGGAUGACAGCCCUAUCAUGUAUGUGUGUGUGUGUGUGUCUGUGUGUCAGUGAAG